UUAGAAAUUGGGUCGGAAGACGUCACUAGAUCAUAGCUUAACUCCCGCUGCGGACAUCGUACCUAAGCAGCUGAGCUCCAUCCGAAACGCCUGGAUGUCCUUAUUAAAUCUAAACCUCAGGAAUGGCUUAUUUAGACCGGCGAAUGUCAUUCGUAUUCUAAGCCAUACCCAAUUCGAAUUAUAUGAGUUGAUCUUAAUCGCCGUUGGGUGGAAGAAAUACGCAACUCCUGGACCGCUACCUUGUAGGGUCCAUAAAUAUUGCUCUUUGUUUGGAAUAGAAAAUAAACUUCCCUGUUAUUAUCACUAGAAUAAUGGCUGGUAGAAGGAGAACGGAACCUGCGGUUUCAAUGAACCGCAGGCCUCGAAAUGAGCUUCUCACUGCCGAUGAUGUUAUGGAAAAGCCAGACACCGUUUCGGAUGUCCUUCCGGAUGUAGUCCAACCUGGGUCUAGUUUACAGAGGGCUACUCCCAAUUCAAGAGAGUCUGGCCAGACCACCAGCUCAAGUUCGAGGUUCGCCGAGGCCGCGCGGCGAAUCAAGGGGAAGCGAAAGAGAAUCCCAAUCGGUCGCAUACCGGGAGAGAACCUAGGAUGGGUUGAAGACGGCUAUAUUGAGCUAGAUCCUUCACACAGCCGAAGAGGGAAGAAGCCGAUUUGGAGUUUAGGCAGACCUUUGCCGCAUUUAGUCCCCUCUUGGUAUGACAAGCAAGCCGGGCCGUCUUUGGGCGCACUGCCGGAAGACCUUGCGGAGCGUGGGGCUAACCUACAUAACCUGACUUUGCCGAGCGUCGAACAGCAGGAGAGCACGGCGGAAAGUGAGAACGCGAGAGCCAGGAGGACAGCGGCUGGAGUUGCUCACAGCGAUAAACGGAACGACGUAGGGCAGCCUGUAUUCGAUUAUCAACCAGGAGAGGACAAUUCCACCCGCAGAGAGCGUACUAAUGACACGCACGAUACGACGAGGAGUAAUAAAGAUGAUGGCCCCAACUAUGCAAUCGACAGUGAACCGCUUGGCCAGCCGGAGCAUGAUGAUGAGUCAGACGGAGAUCCAAGCAAAAACCCCAACUGGUGGGCCCGUAUACGGGGGAAGCACCCGGAGCCGUUGGCUGAAUUCCUUGCGACAGGUAUUGCCGUGUUCAUGGGGUUGGGGGCAACGCUCUCAGUGAAUCUUUCCGCCAACCAAGAUGUCAAAUAUGGCACUUAUGAAACUUCAUGCUGGGCUUGGGGUUUCGCCUGGAUGUUUGGUAUUUAUUUGGGCGGUGGAGUUUCGGGGGCACAUAUGAACCCGGCCAUAUCGAUCAGCCUGUCGCUAUUUCGUAAAUUCCCAUGGGGAACGUGUCUCGUUUACGUGCUCGUACAAUUCGUUGCGAGCAUAGCAGCCGCGGCUUUGGCUUAUGGUAUAUAUAGGGAUAGUAUUCGGUAUGUCGAUCCGACUAUGACGAAUACGGCGAAGACUUUCUUCUCAACCCCGAAGGAGUGGGUGUCGAUGGGCACAGCCUUCUUCGCUCAAGUUGUUGGGAGUGCGAUUAUGAUGAUUGCUGUUUUCGCGUUGGGCGACGAUCGCAACAAUCCACCUGGUGCAGGAAUGCACGCUCUGGUGCUUGGCCUAUUAGUCACCACUUUGAAGUUCACAUUGGGUUAUAACAUAGGUUCGGCACUAAAUCCGGCCUCUGAUUUCGGACCUAGAGUCGUAGCCUGGGCCGUUGGCUAUCGAACACCGGAAGUUUUCCAGACGGGAUGGUGGUUUUACGGUCCUUGGCUUGCGACACUGGUCGGGUCCAUCCUUGGAUGCACAUUGUAUGAUGGUCUCAUCUUCGUAGGAACCGAGAGUCCGAUUAACCAUCAGGUCAAAGGCGGAAUUAGGAAGCGCAUGCGAAGGUUGUUUGAUUUCACGUCGAAGAAGUGAGGGGAUGCCUGAUGUUGUUAUUAGGAUAAUAAUA